CGUUUACGCGGGAUUGGUAGACGGAAGGACCAAUUCAAGUUUUUAACAAAAAAUCGACAAUGAUUCAACUUGUCCUGCGCUGUUGGGUCCUCCACUGGUGUGAUUGGUCAAGUACAGGUCAUAGAGACUGAAAAUGGACCAAUGACAGUUAUCUUUAUGGAGGAGGGGGCAGAGUCCUCUGAUUUCUCCACACAAACUGCUCAGCAAAUGGGCCUUCUGUCUGGAGACGACAAUGUGCAGUACCAGUUCAUUCAGGACGGAGAGAACUACACAACUCAGGUGUACGAGGCUGGUCAGGAGAGCGUCUUGACUACAUCCACGGAUUCCUUGCUGACGGGGAUGGAUGUUACACAGCAGCAAAUUACAGAUCAAACGCAGUUCGCUGUGUCGGAUACUGACACAUACUACAUUACAGAAACUGGAGAGAUAGUGAAAAUUGAAGGUUCUCUGCUGGACUAUGGUGAGGGGCAGCAGGGCUUUAUCCAGUCAAAUCAGGCAUUUGAAACGCAGACCAUUAUGUCAGCUGAUGCAUCUCUGGUCACUCGAAUUCCCACUGUGGUCUCUGAGUCGACUGUUGUAACUUCUCAAACAACAAUCCCAGAUUCAUCCAACAUUUCAGGUGUGUUUGAAGACCAGACAGUUCUGCCUGACACUCAGACUGUUUUGCCAGAUACAACAGUUCACACAGGAGCACAGGAUAACUUUGAAUUCACAGCAGUCAAAGUUCCUGCAGUACAAAUUCAGACUGCCAGUACUUUUACAUCGACAGGCGGCAAAUCACUUCUGUCUACAGGCAUCAAGCAACCGCCCAUGGCAUUUACCAAUACUGUUGUUCAAAAUCCAACUGGAGCAACAAGGACAGUCCAGGUGCAGAGACCCGGCCAGCAGUCGACAUCCUAUCCAAAACAAAGUCCGAUUCAAAGUGGGGGGGGCUUCACAAGCUACAUUAAUCCUACCCAUUUGACUCAGAAAAUUAAAACACAACCAAUUACCUACCAAAUUCAUAGCAAGCCAAUUCAAAAUACUGUCACUGUAAAACCGAAGGAAGUCACAAUUCAAACUGCAUACAAACCAACAACAUACCAACAAUCAGUUCAACCGUCGAGUGUACAGACUAUCCUUUCAAGCCCAGUUAUUACGUCAAACAAAAGUGUCAAUACCCAGACAAAAUAUUCAGCAAAGGUGUCAUCGACAACAUUGCAGCCUGCCGUGAUUAAGAAAAUAGCUGUUCCCCCAAGUCAGCAAAUUGGAACUCCAGCAAUUAACAGACUUGUGAAAGUUCCAGCUAAGCAGAACAAGUUAAACCAGAUCUCUGUUACUCAGCAGCGUGACAGAGAAGUCAAACAUGCGUCUGAUAUGCUCUCAAAUGUCAUCCAUGCUGUGGACUUUAACCUGCCUGGUGCAAAGUCCAUACCUGCUGCCUCACCCAUAUUGAAGCCAGCUGUUGUCUCUAAAGCCACUACAAGUAUGGCUAGUGUUCCAUUUUCCACUUCGGCUGUAAGAAAUAGUGGACCAGUCACCACAUCAGUGUCAGACCUGGACAUGUUGUCCAUGGUUACUCAGGCUUUAAAUUCGGGGUCGCUAGAUCAGCUGACUGGAUCCCUGGACAUUACAAACAUGGCGAGAACCACUGUUCAGCAAACUGUAACUUCCCACCUGGAGACACCAUUGUUGAAUCAUAUGGGGAAGGAUACUGCAAGAAUGGCCGAUACUUCCACAAUGGAUAUGGAUGAUUUGGAUUCCUCACUGGCAAUGGAUACCCACCAAGAUGUUCCCAGCCCUACUGCCAUAUCCACCACAUUUAAGCAUACAGAACAGACAGUGUCUGGAGCACAUGCCAAUGGUGCAGACGUGGAGCCCCCAGCACUUCCUGACAGCACGGGAUCUGAGCAGGCCAGCCCUAGUAAGACUGAUGUCAAUGACAAGGUUACAGCUAGUGAGACAGCCAGUGCCAUCAAGCCUGUCACUGCAAGUUCCACAGUGGAGAAACCCAAGAUGAAGAGUAUCGAUGUUCCUGACUCAGAUGUUACCAUUGAGCUGUAUGCAGAUGGUACCCUGGUGACUAAGGACCGUGCCGGAACCAAUUAUUCAAAGUCAAUCUCGAAGCAGUGCUGUGUACUUUUACUAAGAAGAACCAAUGUAUUGCCUACCUGAAGAUCAUACCAGAGAUGAUACACACUAGAAGACUUUCAAGGUUUUAACCAUCACGAGUCAGUGAGACAAGAGAGGCAGACAGACUGAUGUAAAAGCCCAAACCACAUUUGGGCUUUAAAAGUCUUGAUCCAAUCUACAGGGAAUUGUGUAACCCUACUGUACAGUGUUUCGUGAUGAACAUUUUCUUAUGAACACCAUUAUUAAAUUGAAUACAAUAUUAUUGAAAGAUACUGUUUUAAGUUUUAUAUACUGACCAUAAUGAAAUUCAACAUUGAACCCAACCAGAAAGACACUAUAUUACAAAUGGCGCCAACAGGGGACAAGACCAUUGCGUGCUUCACGUUCAAGUUUGGAGGAUCUACGAACUAGAACUUUAUCAGUUUUUAUUGUGUUUUAUCAGUGACACUGGAUUUUGUGUGUUUUGUGAAGUGUGUGACUUUAACCAGUGCCGCUGCUAAUUAAAGGACUGGAUAGUGACAUUGUGACCUAGUGGCCAAUUUCGCAGAUGUAACCUGUAACAGUAUCGUGAGUACACGUUGUUUUCAAAAUAUAGUAAACAUUGUUUUCGAAAUAUUCAGAAACUGGUGGAAAAUAUAGUAAACAUUGUUUUCAAAAUAUUCAGAAACUGCAGUUAUAGUUUCCGAGUCCAAACUGGUUAUUUUAUUAUUUAGUGCUUAUAUUUGUGUAAUUUGUAAAAUCUCUGUUCAAAUAACUGCAGAUCCGAAUAUUUGAUAUUUGCUGGAAGUGAUAUUGUAGACAGAGUGAUUUCACUGAAAUCUAAUUAUAACCCCAUUUUUUGCAAACCCUGGUGAUGUUUCUUACACUAAAUGUCUUGAACUACUAAA